GAGAAGCUCAGACAGAAACAUGAGCUUCCAGGAAAACAUGGCCGCCUGGAGGGAAACGGUUUCAGUCUGCGGUUUCACUGCGCAUGCGCUCUUGUGACACGAGCGGGGUCGCCUGUCAGUAAUCCGAUUAUCCUCCAACAGGUGAGCCAACAACCACCUGCAGAGACUCCGCUGCGUCAUCUAAUCUGCGGCUGCGCAGCCAGUCAGGUUGACCGGAAACAAGGUCACCGGCCCUUCAAAAUAAAAUGCUUUUAAAGAAAUAAACAGCUUCAAUAAUAAGAACUGUUUUGUCACUAAUGUAGCUCAUAGUUCUGAUGGACAGGAGGUGAGAAAUAAAACUGUAGUUUAUACAAAAACUGAAAAGCAAUAAAGGGUAAAAAAAAAAGACAAAAAUAAACAAACAAACAGAUAAACAGAAUAUAGUAAAUUCAUUUUGAUGCCAAAGAGAAGGAAGGUCAAACCGUCUCUUCCAUGGGUCAGCAGGGGUCUCAUCCCCAACUCCAAUAUCUUUCUGACCUCAUCCAGAUUUAAAGAGGAGCGGCAAAAGCAAAGGAGGCGGAUCAGCAGAGGCAGACAUACUGUGGAAUAUCGACUCUGUUUCCUGGAUACUGAGCUGUUAGCAUGUCAUGAUGGUCACCUAGCAACAGUCUUCAGUCAGAGGCCUCUUCAGAUUCUUUGCAGGACUGACGGCUACUGGAGGCCCUCUCUGUCCAUGGAAAUUACAUCAACUUUUAAUUUUCUUUUGGGAUAAAUAAAGUAGUUUUUAAGUUAAAUGAGUUGAAUAUUGUUUUGGAUGUUUAUUUUUUCAAAGUUUGAUAGAAGAUUUUGUCAUAUUUUCCUGAUUUUGGCCACAAAAUCCAACUUGAUCAGAACGUUUUUUCAUUCCUCCUCUAAGAUUCUGGCAGAGCAUGGAUGCUUUUAUUAUGAAAGUCCAAAUAACACCCUUUCCGGUACAGCUUGUUGGGUUUGCCUGUAGUUGCCAGGGAGCCAGCUCCAUAGCAACCGGAUCAAGGGAGGAAAAAAAGUUGAAAGAUUUGUUUGUUUGUUUUUGUUCGGUUGUUUAAGGGUUAAGUGGUGAGGAAGAUGAGGAGGAUGAAGAAUCUCCGGAGCAGAUCAGGAGUUGGACACAAACUAAAAGUUUCCAGUUAAAAAUGCCUUCAACGCUGAUAGUGAAGCCCAAACCGGCGGAGGCGGCGAAGCGAAGCCGAGCGGCGCGGCCGGCAGCGGAGCCGCCGAGGGACAGGAGGGGCCCGGCGGCAGCGGCGGGGCCCCAGGGGCCCAAACCGAGGGCCAGGUCCUCAUCUGCUGCCCCCAAACCAGCAGGAGCCAAACCCAGAACCGAGCCGGAGCGCCGCAGGGCCAGCAGCUCGGUGAGGCAGCCGGACGCCCGGGAAGGCGCCGGGUGUCCGGGUCUGGGGGAGCAGCGGGGCCCCGGGCCCGGCGGGAGGCCCGCGAUCCAGAGUCACAAGGCGUUCACCGUCAUCCCUCCAAACCCGAAGAAACGGAGAGAAAUCCAGAAAAAGGCGGAGGCGGAGCUGGCCGCACUGGAGGAGCUGCGCCUGAGCAGAGCCAUGGCCUACGUCUCCAUCAACCCCAGCAGCGUCGGCGGCUGCAUGAGUCUGGAGGAAGUGAGGCUGAAGCAGCAACAGGAAAUGAUGCAAGCCAAGAGGAAACAGAAACAGGUGAGGAAGCAGCUGAUGGAGGAAGCGCCUGUCCUGACCAGGUGACCGCCCACAGCGCCUCCUACUGGCCUCAGCUGGCAGCUCAACUCCUGCUGAACACAACGCCAAGGCAAAGGUUUCCAUCCAUCAGCAGGAACAUUAGCUUUA